ACCGCCACGGCGGAGGACUCGAUCGCCAACCAAGGAAGUGGUGCUGACGACUACUAUUCUGUCCUCGGAUUGAUGCCAGAUGCGAGUCCCCAGCAGAUAAAGAAAGCAUAUUAUAAUUGUAUGAAAGCAUGCCAUCCUGAUUUGAGUGGGGACAAUCCGGAGAUCACACACUUUUGCAUGUUUAUCAAUGAGGUUUAUGAGGUUUUGAGCGAUCCGGUGCAGCGAAGGGUAUAUGAUGAAAUUCAUGGGUAUGCAUUGACUGCUAUCAAUCCUUUCUUGGAUGACACUGCUCCCAGGGAUCAUGCAUUUGUUGAUGAGUUUAGUUGCAUAGGUUGCAAGAAUUGUGCCAAUGUAGCCCCAGAUGUGUUCAAUAUUGAGGAAGAUUUUGGAAGAGCAAGAGUCUGUAGCCAAUCUGGAAAUCCUGCCCUAGUUCAGGAAGCAAUUGAUACUUGCCCAGUUGAUUGCAUUCACUGGACUUCUGCUGCACAACUUUCUCUUCUUGAAGAUGAAAUGCGUAGGGUGGAGAGGGUUAAUGUUGGAUUAAUGCUUGCUGGAAUGGGGUCCUCAUCUGAUGUUUUUAGAAUGGCAAGGUCCACAUGGGAAAAACGGCAGUCAAAAGUCCUGGAAAAGGCUCGGGUACGAAUGAUGAAACAAAAAGGUUCAGAUGGAUCUUGGAGCGAUCUUUGGGUAAACCCAAAAGAUUACCAAAAUACAGAAGAAGAAGAAGACAACGAGAGAAUGAAGAAGGCUGCAGCAGCAGCUCGAAGGUGGAGAGAAUACUCGAGGAAAGGCACAGAUAGACCCCCUACCUUCAAGCUUCCAGGGACGGUUGUUAACAAGGAUCAAUGAAGCAGACAUUGCACAUAGUUUCAAAUGUGAAACCUGUAUACUAUGUUUAUAAUUUCCAUUUUUAGAGAGCUUAUAAUAGAUCAUUGUGCUCUCGCUUAUUCAAACAUGUAAUAUAUGUAAAUGGUAGAACAUAUACAACUUUUACAUUGAGUAAAAUUGGGGAAAAGAAUCAUCUUUCAAAGUGUUAAA